UUGGGAUUUCGUAACACGGCCCUAUUGAGUCGCGAAAAUGCCCUGUGUCAUCACCAAAGUGUGGAUACCGGUCACUACCGUAUGCAUAUUCCAUGCACUGCUUCGGCCUGUUUCGCCCUGAUUCAUCAGGCCAUGUUUCCACUGCACGGAUCCCACUGUGUGGUACUCGGUCGCGGACGUCUGGUCGGUGCACCGAUAGCCGAUCUGCUCGCUGGUCCCGGUUGUGCCACCGUGACCCAGUGUCAUAUUCACACACGAAAUUUAGAAGGGGAAGUAGCCCGUGCGGAUGUUCUGGUGUCUGGAGUUGGUCAUCCGGGCCUGGUGCGAGGCGAGUGGAUUAAACCAGGUUCAUUGGUCCUUGACUGUGGCUACAGUGUUGUACCAAUUGUGGUAUUUCCUUCGGAUGAGCAAAUCUUAAGUGCUCUGCAACAGAUUAAAGAUAUAGGUCGCCUUCAGGCCAUACCAUGGUCGAAUCGGAUUCGUGAACUGCCACGUUAUUCCAUUAUAAUGCGACUUCGCCUAACUGUUAUCUGUCGAUGA